GUUAGUUUUGGCUGUCUUUACUUGACUCGAGCCUUCGAAAGUUGCUCGUUGAUCAUGCAGUAAGUAGUAGACGGACUCACUCACGCUCAUGCCCAAUGCAAGGCGUUCAAUUGCGGUGCUCCUCCGUUAUCUUGUCUGCCUUCCCGGCUUUCCUCUUUUCCUUCCCGUUUGGCAUACCCGUGUCUUGUCCGGAUCCGUCGAGUUGUUACCGCGCGGGUCACAAACAGCUUGUGCGACAAUUCAAAUGAAACACUUCUUCACACGGACCACGACAUCCGCAGCACGGCUCAUCGGCCAUACCGGUAACACAGAUCGGGAUGAAAGGUGUUCCAGGUACACGAUAUCUUGGCAAGGCGUGGCUCGAGUAUGUUGUGCAAGAGACCUCUUUCGCCCGAGAGCUGCCGAUUUUGUACGUUGUCUGAUUCCUGUCGAUCGCGAAUUCUUCCUGAUGACCGUUAAGUGCCACCCAAUGCGGCCUCUGCCGAGAAGGAAGUCGACCUCGUGAGACACGAACUGAUUCUGCCAAAAGCUUGGUUUUAAUUCCGUCCUACAUACGGCCCGGCUCUUGCCGCAACACCUUGCAUAAACCUGCUCAGUCUGAGGUGGUAAUUGUUUCUGCCUCUAAUUAGAUCCUACGUUUCAUGACUUGACCACUUCGUGAGCUGGUCGGCCUAUGUUGCACGUAGCUGCAGAAGAAGCGGCUUGAUGUCCCGUAGAAUGGCUCCUCGCAGCACUUGGUAGUAAUUGAGCACAUCGACAAACUAAAUUCAAACUGGAACUGAUCAGAACUUUGCCGUGCUAUCCAACGUGAACAGCUACCGACAACUACCCUACACACAUAUCCGG